GGUGCGCGGGAACACGAUUGCUCUAACGGCUGGGCAACCUGAUGCUGAAUCAGUGGGAGUGUUGAGCUGCUGCUCUGGGCGAUAAUGAAACGCCACCAUGUAUCUUCCAGUAAAAUGGGAGAGACUACUGGUGGGAGAUCAGGAAAAAAAACAUCUAAGUCACAAAAUCACAAGUCACAAAUUGUGCCUUCCAGCACAAAAAAGGGACCAGAUGGAGAAGGAAGAAAACAGGGGCAAAAAGGAAAGCAGGUCACACAGACAGUCAAAAGGAAGGCUAAGGAAGACAGGGACUAUUCCCCUGCAGAAGAAAAAAGUUCUUCUAAAAAGGUGAAGCUAACCAGUGCUAAAAUAGGAUCUUGGCAGACUCUCUCAGAGAGCAGUAGGCAGUUUCUGGAAACUGUAAUGGACUCAAUAAUACUAUCUGUUUUAGCUCAACAAAAACAGAGAAAAGAUGAUGUUCAGAAGCACCUUAAUUUGCUGAAACAAAGGAUCCUGAGAUUUUUCAAGACUUUAAAGGUGCCUCCAGGGAAGCUGGGCAACCUGAAGAAUAUCCCAAGACUUCAAAUGGAAGAAAAACAAAUGCUUGAAGCAAAUGAAGAGACUUUGGUACAACUGCAGGAAGAAGUAAUUCAAACUGAGCAAGCAGCAGAAAACAUUGAAGAAACUAUACAGCAACUGCAGUACCAAUCCCAGGUGCUCAAGAGACAAUUAGAAGAAGACGAAAAAGAGGCCAGAAAGGUAUUCCAGGAAAGUGGCAGUGGAGCACUUCACCUUCCGGAACUCCCCAAGUGUAGUUUACAGGCACCCACUUUGCAGGAAGAAAUUUUGAAGAUAAAAAACCAGAAAGGUCUUUUAAAGGACAUGAACGCUAUUCAGCAGUCGUCUGACUUGAAGAACAUGUUAACUCUCAUUGAAAAGGCAUAUGAGAAGGUGGACUUCCUUUGAGAAAUAUCUAAAAUAUCUGGAGCCAGCACUCUAUGUUAAUGUAGCGCAGCAGGAUGCUGACCACGGAAAUAGUCUUUUCUUCCUAAUGGCUUCACUAUUGUGACUGCUGAAUUUCUAUUAUAACUUUUUCUGUUAUAUGAAUCUGUAGAUGCAUUCUAGGACUCUAGGGAUUUAAGUGAUCAGUCCGAAGUUUUGAGAUUUGUUCCUUGUUUUGGUCCUGCAAUGACUUCUAUGAUAUAUAUUUUCUUAGGAGAGGGAAGGAAAUGAGUCCUGGGUUUAUUUGUGCAUCUUUAUAACGAUACAUAUUUAAUUAUAUUUGGACUUCUAUAUCACAUCUGUCAAUGAAUGCCAUAUCUCUUUAUUUUGGAGUUAAAUCCUCUUUACACAUGGAACACAUUAAAAGUGUGAUUAUCUAAUGCUCAGUUGCAAG